AUGAUUAUGCCUGCUAGAGUAUCUCCAAACGAAUGUACAGUGCCUUUAGAUAACGGAAUGUCCUCUUCCAAUUCUGAGCAACAAGCUACCGUGAACGAAGUUUCAAACUUGACUGGUUCGCCUCCCGAGGCAAAAAAAGUGAACGAACAUCUGUUUAAGGCAAUCAGUGACAUCUUCAGGCCUAUACUCAAGCUGAUGAAAUUGUUUGGAAUGUACUACGGGGAUAACACUCUGAAAUCUUUGACAGAUGAUUCUUGUCGUUUGUCGAGGAGAGCGUAUGUUUCACUCAUGUAUUGUGGUCUGGUAGCUACUGGCCUUUGGUUCAAUUUCUUUUUGGCUUUUCUCAGUUGCUUUUUUGUCCCUGAGAGGAUCUAUGUUUCUUUAAUGUUCUGCUUAUGGUGUCUUAUGGGAGCACUGAAUGCAACAAUUACCCUGAUUGUGUCACCAGUAACAAGAACAAGAAAAUCACGUUUUCAGCACUUCGUUCGUGGUUUAAUCGACAAUAAGAGUCAUGCUACGUUGGAAAAGGUAACAGUCAAAUCAAGAAAUGGCAUAAUUGCGUUUUUCCUUGUAUUUGCUAGUGCUACUGUGGGAUCGUUGAUGACAUAUCUAAAGCUUGAUAUGAAACUUGCCGACUUUAAGCCUUUAAGCGAAUCACCUGUCUUUGCCAUAGUUUCCGUCAUCUUUCUGAUAAUAGCUGUUGGUUCGUGGUUGCUUCCAGUACUCCUUUUCUGUAUUACGUGUCUCAUACUGGCGGAACUGUUUGAUGAUUUGAGUAAGCGGAUGAAACAGCAGUCAUUGCACUCAACAACAGUGCAACUAGCUUCUUUUAAGGUGGAGCAUCACCAACUGUGCGAGGUUGUGGAACUGGCCGCUGCGAUGUUUUCUCCUCUACUUCUCGGAAUGGUGUCUCUAUACAUUCCUUUGAUUUGCUUCAAUUUGUACCUCGCUGUUCAUUCACCUGGGAAAACUGAGGAAAAGAAAUAUUUGUUCAUGGGAAAUAACUUUUUCUGGCUCAUUGCGUCAGUUUGUGUUUUAACAAUUAUCAUGCUGUUUGGAUCCAAAGUGAGCGAAGGGAUUCACAGUUUUCAAAAGAUUUUGCGAACAGUUCCUGUUUCAAAAGAAGACGAAGGAAAGUUGGUGAUGUUUAUGCUUGAUCUUCAGGGAGACCCACAGGGUUUGUCAAUUGGUGGUCUUGUGGUCAUCACCAAGUCCUUGUCUUUGACGAUCGCCGGAGUGAUCAUUUCUUACUUCGCUGUUAUGUUGUCUCUGCCGAAUUAACAGCAAUCAUGGAGCUACGUCAAUAAUACCACUGGUUUAUCAGUCUGUAAACGGUUAUGCGACUUAAGUUAAUGUUUUUUAGAGAUAGAUUGGUAUCCUCAGCUGUAGCUUAUUAUGUUAGGUAGUGUGUAGAUGACUUAUAGAACGAGACAGUACUCGGAAAAUCAACGACACAUUAUUCGUCCUUGUCGAAGCUCUAAGGCUGAAACUGAGGGACAGUGCCCUAGAUUGGACCAGCUGGAUAAACAAAAAAUCAGCAGCACUGUCAAAAAUUUUGAGCCAUAAUUUCCUUAGCUGGGCAGAAAAAAAAAGUAAAGAAAGAAAGAAAGAUGAAAAAUGGAAUUACCUGGUUUUAUAUUAGUGGUUUAAAGAUGUACGCCGUAGACUAUAUAGGCGCAUAUUUUAAUGGUUAAUUGCCUGAAGGUAUAGAUAGGAUAGAGCAACCAGCAAGUGCUCAAUAUAGAUGGAACGGAAAGGAGAGAGUCCAGAUUGUAAAUUUGUGUAAUUCGAAUUGAAAGGAAGAAAGUCGUAACCGAAACUUUUAUUCUAGUGGUCAUAUUACUCGUUUAAAAAUAUUUCCAAGUAUGAUUAGCUUUCCCGUUGUAAACGUAGUCUU